AUGUCGGGGAAAAAGGAAUUUGAUGUGAAGCAGAUCCUCAGACUUCGCUGGCGCUGGUUCAGCCACUCAUCCCAAGGUUCGGCGGGAAGCGGCGGUGUUGGCGGCGGUGGAGGGUAUAUUCAGCAGGAUGGCACCGACCACAGGGGGACCCCUGUCCAGGGCCGGCUCAAGAGCCACUCUCGGGAAAGAGGCGGGGGAGGACUGAGGAAGUCGAGCAGCCCGGCCCACAGUAUCCUGGCACCGACGCCUGUCUGUGUCAGAUCGGGUCAGCAAUCAUGGCAACAGCAACAACAACACACUGUGCCGGGCCUUCAGGUCAAUGAGGACACCUCCAAAACCACUUCUUCGCCCAGCACCACCAGAAAAGAGGACCCCAACACAGGCAAAGAAGAUGUGAAGUGCAACACAGAGGAACCUGCAGAGGUGGCAAAUGACCAAAUGAAGUUGGCUCUGAGCACCUUCACCAGAAUGAAUACCAACUCCUCUGAUGAAUUCUUCCAGGCCACAAAUCAUGCAGAGCAGACAUUCCUAAAAAUGGAGCGUUACCUACAGCAUAAGCAACUGUGUGAUGUCCUCCUGAUAGCAGGCGAUCACAGGAUACCAGCUCACAGACUUGUUCUGAGCGCCGUCUCCGACUACUUUGCUGCAAUGUUCACCAGUGAUGUGAGGGAGGCCAAACAGGAGGAGAUCAAGAUGGAAGGGGUGGAUCCAGAUGCCCUAACCUGCUUGGUUCAUUUUGCCUACACUGGUGUCCUUGAGUUGAAAGAGGAGACCAUCGAGAGUUUAUUGGCGGCAGCUUGCCUCUUGCAGCUUUCACAAGUAAUACAGGUUUGCUGCAACUUCCUGAUGAAGCAGCUUCACCCCUCGAACUGCUUGGGAAUACGCUCUUUUGCCGACGCCCAGGGGUGCGUGGACCUUCUCAACGUGGCUCACAACUACACCAUGGAAAACUUUAUGGAGGUCAUUCAGAACCAGGAGUUUCUCCUGCUACCUACUGCCGAGAUAGUGAAGCUUCUGUCCAGUGAUGACAUCAAUGUGCCUGACGAGGAGACUAUCUUCCAGGCCCUGAUGAUGUGGGUGAGACACGACGUUCAGCAUCGGCAGCAGGACCUCGGAGUGCUCCUCUCUUAUAUUCGACUGCCUUUACUUCCCGCACAGCUUAUAGCUGACCUAGAAAACAACAAGAUGUUCUCUGAUGAUCUGGAAUGCCAAAAAUUGUUGAUGGAGGCAAUGAAGUAUCACCUUCUGCCUGAGCGCCGUCCCAUGUUUCAGAGCCCGAGAACCAAACCCCGAAAGUCCACUGUGGGGGCACUUUAUGCUGUUGGAGGGAUGGAUGCUACCAAAGGCUCAACCACCAUAGAGAAGUAUGACCUGCGCACCAACACCUGGAUCCCACUUGGAGUUAUGAAUGGACGCCGACUACAGUUUGGUGUGGCUGUAAUAGACAACAAGUUGUAUGUGGUUGGUGGAAGAGAUGGGCUGAAGACCUCCAACAUGGUGGAGUGUUAUAAUCCAAUCAAUAAAAUUUGGUCCACCAUGCCCCCCAUGUCAACACACCGACAUGGACUUGGUAUUGCUGUGCUGGAGGGUCCCAUGUAUGCCGUAGGCGGUCAUGACGGUUGGAGCUAUCUCAACACCGUAGAGCGCUGGGACCCGCAGGCCCGACAGUGGAACUAUGUGGCCAGUAUGUCGACACCACGGAGCACCAUGGGAGUCACUGCACUUAAUGGGAAAUUGUUUGCCGUCGGUGGCCGGGAUGGCAGCUCCUGUCUGAAAUCAAUGGAGUGCUUCGAUCCUCACACCAACAAAUGGAGCAUGUGCGCCCCCAUGGCCAAGAGGCGAGGGGGAGUAGGUGUGGCCACGUACAAUAACUUCCUGUACGCUGUGGGGGGACAUGACGCCCCGGCCUCCAACCACUGUUCCCGUCUCUCAGAUUGUGUUGAAAGGUAUGACCCCAAGACGGACACAUGGACCACUGUGUCCUCACUCAGCAUUCCUCGGGACGCCGUAGGUGUUUGCCUGCUCGGUGACAGGCUAUAUGCUGUGGGUGGAUAUGAUGGGCAAUCCUACCUUAACAGUGUUGAGUCAUAUGAUGCCCAAAACAAUGAAUGGACUCAGGAGGUCCCUCUAAACAUUGGCAGGGCAGGUGCCUGUGUGGUGGUGGUGAAACUGCCUUGA